UUUUUAAAAAUGAAUUGUCGAAGUUGGGUAAUUUUAAUUGUUUCUUUAGUGGGUGCUAUACUUAUUGUAAUUGGUGCUGUGUUAGGUUUUAAAGUAUUGCCAGAUUAUGUACAUGAUCAAAUAGCGGAGCAAGUACGUCUUGAAGAUGACACCGAACAAUUCGAGCGAUGGCGAAAAUUGCCAGUCGAUAUGGCAUUUAAAGUUUAUAUAUUUGAAAUUACAAAUCCUGAAGAAGUAAUUGCAGGCACAGAAAAGCCAAAUGUUAAAGAAAGGGGACCAUACGUUUAUAACGAGAGCAGGGAGAAAACUGGUAUUAGUCGAAAUAAAACGGCAGAUACCUUAACUUAUAAACAGUAUCAACAGUAUUCGUUUAAUAAAGAAGCAUCUGGAAUUAAUACGGAAGAAGACGAAUUUUAUGUUCUUAACACACCUUUAAUAGGAGCCUUCCAAACAAUAGAUCUUAUGGGUGGAUUUGGAUCAUUGGUAAACGAUGUUUGGGAAGGAGCAUUUAGCGAUCACCAAAUACUUGGCCCAUUCAUCAAAAUUAAAGUGAAGGAUUAUCUUUUUGGAGGUUUAGUAUUUUGCACCGAUUUAACCAACUCGAUGUGUGGACUCGUAACAGAAACCUCAAAACAAAUGAAAAAUUUAGAAAUAACACCAGAAGGUUACAUUUCGUUCUCUUUCUUUAAAUUUAAACAAAAUGCCCAUGAUGGAGAAUAUGUUAUAAAAGCUGGUAUGGAUGUCGUUGAAGAUCUCGGUUUAAUUGAAAAUUGGGAACAAACUACUAAAUUAGACACAUGGGAGGAUGAUGGUGAAUGUAAUACAAUAAGAGGUAGAGAUUCAUCCAUUUAUCCGCCAUAUAUUGAAGAAGAAGAUGAAUUCGAUAUAUAUAGUACCGAUAUUUGCAGAGUGGUUAGAUUAGAAUAUAAACGAGAAGAAGAGUACAAAGGUGUAACUGGACAACGAAGACAUUUAAAACAAGAUACUCUUACAAACACUGGAAGUAACUCUUGCUUCUGUACGAAGUAUACAGCAACUUUGGAGGGUUCUAGAGAUGAAUGUUUGCCAAAUGGUUUUGUGGACCUAUUUACGUGUCUGAAAGCAUCGGUUAUUUUAUCUUUCCCUCAUUUCUUGUGGGCUGAUAAAGAUACAGCAGCCACUGUAACAGGUUUAACUCCAGAUGAAGAUAAACAUAUAACUUUUGUUAACGUUGAACCGGGAACUGGAUAUCCUCUGCAAGGAUCUAAAAGAGUUCAAUUUAAUAUGAUUCUUAGACCAAUCAAAGGAAUUGACAUGACACAGACAUUAACACCAGCCAUGGUGCCUUUAAUUUGGAUUGACGAAGGUGUUGAGUUGACGGAUGACUUAAUCGACGAACUCGAUGAAAAAUACUUGAGUAAAUUAGUUUUGGUCGAUGCUGUUACGUGGACCUUAAUAGCUGUAGGGAUAGUUUUGUUCCUCGUUUUCGGAUGUUGGUUUAUAUUUAAGAAAAAAAAAUAAUUAAAUAGAAGGAAACUGAUAUUAA